UGGCAAUAUUCUUAUUGGUCAGAAAAAUAUUCCAGCAAUUGCAGAUUUAGGAAUAAGCAAACCGGUAGAUGCGUCAUCAGAUGAUAAUGCAAUUUAUGGAGUUAUUCCAUAUGUUGCACCAGAAGUAUUAAAAAGAGGAAAGUUUACACAAGCUUCCGACAUUUAUAGCUUUGGUAUGAUUAUGUGGGAGGUAAUAAGUGGUUGCAGACCAUUUUCUGAUCGUAAGCAUGAUGAACAUCUUAUUCUGGACAUUCUUAAUGGUUUUCGUCCAGAAAUUCCAACAAAUACACCACAGGAUUUUGUUAAGUUAAUGGAAAAAUGCUGGCAUUCAGAUUCAGAAAAAAGAAAAUUUAAAGAUUAUCGUGGUAAUCUUUCAAUGAGAACAUAUUUUUUGGGUCGUGAGCUUGAUGAACUUAUUAUCAAAGCAAGAAGAGGAGAAAUAAAAUUUCCAGAAAAUAAAGAUACCAGCAUUUUACCGACUAAAAUAAAUGAACAAGCAAUUUAUUCCA